UCGCUGCGAUGUCUGGACGCGGGAAGCAAGGCGGGAAGGCUCGGGCCAAGGCCAAGUCGCGCUCCUCACGGGCCGGCCUCCAGUUCCCCGUGGGCCGUGUUCACCGGCUGCUGCGCAAGGGCAACUACGCAGAGCGAGUGGGUGCCGGCGCCCCGGUGUACCUGGCGGCCGUGCUGGAGUACCUGACGGCUGAAAUCCUGGAGCUGGCAGGCAACGCUGCCCGCGACAACAAGAAGACGCGCAUCAUUCCCCGCCACUUGCAGCUGGCCAUCCGCAACGACGAGGAGCUGAACAAGCUGCUGGGCAAGGUGACGAUCGCGCAGGGCGGAGUGCUGCCCAACAUCCAGGCUGUGCUGCUGCCCAAGAAGACCGACAGCCACAAGGCUAAAGCCAAGUGAGCUCAACUAGGAUUGAAUCGGAGGCAGAUCAGACAAAAAAAAAAAACCAAAAAGGCUCUUUUCAGAGCCGCCCACAGUAAUCAAAAAAGGUUGAA